AUCUUUGGAAAAUAAUAUAGAAUUUAACAACUUUGAAAACUAAAACUAAAAAUAUUUACGUAGUGUUGCAUAACAUGUCACAGGACAAAAAAUUACAUAAUAGAGUUGUUGAAGGUUGCUUAAUAAUAGAGUUGUUGAAGGUUGCUUAUAGACUUAAAUAUUGGGAUUGUUUAUCAGAAAUAACACUAAAAAAGGGAGAAUAUGAGAUACUGAAUAUAACUUUACGAGGAACAUUUGCAGAGCCAUUUAAAGAGUUAUCAAAGAUUCCGGAUCUGUAUCAAAAGAUAAAAGAUGGAAUCAGUACUAAAGACAAACCCAGUACUGACAGACAUUCUGCAAUUCCUCGAAGCACGAGGGGUGACUAUAACAAUCUUGAAGAAAAUAAAAUCUGAAAUUGAUGUAGCUGUUAAGAAUGCCAGACAUGCAAAUCUGGCCACAAAGGUGGUGUCUCUUGGUGCUGGCAUUACUACCGCCGUUUGUUUAGUUGCUACACCACUAACCGCAGGAGCAAGUGCACCUGUAGCUGCAGGGAUGGCUGUUUUAAGUGGAACAAGUGCUGCCGUUUCUGCUGGUGUUACGGUUAUAAAAAAUAUCAAAGAAUCUGGUCUCAUGAAAACUGCAUCAGAGGUAAUAAAAAAAGAUCAACGAGCUAAAGAAAGGUUUCAAGCAGCCGCUGAAACAUUAAGAACACUGGCAUCAAUUUCAAGUAAUACUGCUGAUCUUUUGGAAAUAGCUGCAAAACUUGGACUUACAAUUACCAAGGAAGUAAAUGCGGUUCUCAAACUAGCUGGCACUGCAAAGGCAACAGAGAUUGCGACAAAAGCCGCUAAUAUUUUUGGUAAAGUGAAUAAAGUCGCAAAAAUCGCCGGUCCAGUUCUUGUUCUUGUAAGCAUUCCUCUUGACAUAAUGGGUAUCGUUGCUGAUUUGCUCGAAAAUGGAAAUGAAUCCAAAGCAAGUCAACUUAUUUAUACGAAAGUACAGGAAUUGCAAAACGAAUACAACAAUGUUAGAGGACUGUUAGAUGAAUUACUUUUCUGAAACAAAGUAAAAAGAAAUAUUUUGCCCAAAAUGUGAUGCCGAAAUAUUUCUUUCAUGUAGACAAUAUCAUUCAAUAUAUAAACCGCAGCUGAUUCAUGUAUGAAAAAUGCAUGCCUAUUGUUAGUUUUAUACAUUUUACAGGUUACAUGUAUAAUGUUGACCGUCACCGUAUGAUAUCUUUAAUACUCUUGGUGCAUAACACGUCAUACUAAAUAGAUAAAGAAAAGGAAUCGAGAACGCAUAUUACUAUUGCAUUACUGUCGUUUCAACCAAGGGAAGUAAAAUUAGGCGAUGCCAUAUCCCACCUACACCACAACACAAAGCACUGAAAACUCGAAUGCUAUUCGUCAGUCUCUAAUUCGUAGAACGCUGGUGAUACUUUUACAAAAAUGGAUUUUAUAUUUCAUCUUUGUAUUUCAUUCGAACGCUUACAUUAGUCAUAAACAUUAUCAUUUACUUUGAAGUUAUUUUUGUUAUUAUAACAUGAUUUGAUUUUUAUGUUUGAAAAGUGUAAAUGAUAGACAAAAAGUUGAACUAUAUCGAAGCAACGUUGUUUAUUCUUGUAGUGACUAUGUGCCGAUCAGUGUAAUAAACUUAUGACUAUAAAAAUAAAAAUUAGUAAGUCUUUAAACUGACUUGUUAAGUAUUUAAACUGAUUGUGAGCGUCACGUGAUGUCUCAUUUUACGAUAUAAAAACAGACAAGCUGAAAAAGU